AUGGGCACUGGAAUGGCCGAGCAGGUCGGGGCCGAGGCCGAGGCCACGGAGGUCGAGGUCGAGGAGGUUAUUUUUCUCCGGACGCUGGACGUGACCGCAACUUCGUACAUGCCUCCUCCACCAUAUGCUCAUGCGCAAACCAACUAUCAGCAUCCUCAAACUCCUCAACCUCCGCAACCUCCGCAUGCCUACCAACCUUCACCGUACCCCCAACCGACUGGCUCGGCUCCCUACCACCCACUACCGGGCUACAAUGGCCCCCUCCCACCCACUACACCCUUUGCGACACAGGCCGCGCCUUAUCCCUCGCCGAUUCCAACACCUCAACAUGCCUCGCCACCUCCUAAUACACCGGUUAUGAUGGGAUCGGCUCCCUGGGGCGAGCAGAGCAUGCCUUACGGGGCACCUCCGGGCCAUGGACGGGGACAUCGGCCAUCCCAUCCACAUGGAAACCAUGGAAACCAUGGCCCUAAGUCGCGACACUCUCAUAAACGUGACCAUUCUGCUGCAUUCAACAAGCCCCAGACCGUACCCAGAACCCCCGCACCUCCACCUGUCCCCAGUUUUGGAAAUCCUUUACCCUGCAAACCACCUCCGGCGGCUGAUGCCACGCGCAAGCCGAAGAAGCGCAAGAGAAAGCACAACCAGCUCGGACUGACUCCGAAGACCGAGGAGCACGAGUCUAGUGAAGAGGAAGAGGACGCGGAUGAAGAAUCUAAAUUAGCGCCCGGAACCGGUUCUCUGCAGUUUACCUAUAAGGGACAAACCUCCAACCUACAGUCCGCAUCAGAUAUUGCGGCCUGGAUUGCCGAGCGAAAGAAGAGAUUCCCCACUGCAGCCCGUAUUGAAGAGAAGAAGAAAGCCGGGGAAGAGGCGAAAGCAGCCCGUGACGCCCUGCGUCGAGAGAAGGAGAAAGCCAAGCAGCAAGAAAAGCAAGAAAAACAAGACAAACAAGAAACCCUCAAGGAUGACAAAGAGCCGAAGCGGAAGCUGAGUGAUGCACAGGCCGACCCGGCCAUCGACGCGGCGAUGAAGGCCCAGCGCAAGGCAGACAAGAUUCGUCGCAACUUGGACCGCGAGCAAAAGCGCUUUGCUAAGGCCGAAGCGGAGGCGGAGGCGGCCCGUUUGAAGGUCGCGGCUCUGCAGAAACAAGUGCUGGGUUUAGACCCCGAUCUAGGCCUAUCAAACGGUUCCACAGAAUCUCACGGGCUUCCAGCCUCAUGCAAUGGUACCGGUCCAACAGAGGGCGAAAUGGCUCUGGCUACGGCCACUGCCACGGCUGCAGCUACUACAGCCGAGACUACAGUUGAAGCCACGAUGGCAGAGGCUACAGCUGAACUCAAAGUCGAUGACCAACCCCCCGGACUACAGGCUGACCCAAUCCCCAUGUCUGUAGAGCCACCGCUGAAAGCGAGCGACAGCAUGAUUGAACCGGGCGAUGCAAUGGAUGUGAAUUCCGACAACUCCGACAGCAGUGACUGGACGUCCUCUAGUGGAUCGGAGUCCGGAUCGGACGAGGAUGAUGAAGACUCUGCGCCGGAGGUUGCGAGCAUACGGCGCGAGGGACCCGAAAGGGUGCCGCCGCCACCUCGCGAAAGCAAAAAGCCCGUUUGCCGACAUUUCGCUCGCACUGGGCAGUGCCAGCGCGGCGACAAGUGUAAAUUCGUACAUGACGUACGCGAUCGUGUGACGAAGACUAAAGUGGUUGAAAAGAAAGGGCGCAAGGGGCUUUUCCAGGCUUUACUGGAACGGCAGAAGGAAGAGGAGGACCGGCGCGCCAUGGAAGUGAUAAGCUGGUUGGGCGAGAAUGGUUUACUGACGAGCCCGGUGAAUGGUGCCCGCAUACCCCUGCCGGCAUUAGGCUAA